GUAACGUUAAAACUAAGUUUCACACAAAUAGAGAGUUUCUAUCAAUAGGGACCUCAAUUUGUUUCCCAUGGUAACACAAGUCCCAAUGGGUUUGUGUGUUUUCUGUUCCACUGGGAUACAAAAACAAGUGCACACACACACACACACACUCACACACACUCACACACACACACACACACAUACACACACACACACACAGGUUAAGAAUCACAUGAUGCUGUGCACACUCAAAGGGAGAGGCAGUGUACGGGUCAGAUUCCACAAGCAAUAUAACCACACAGUCGAUCUUCAUCUUAAAUCAGUGUGUGAACACGAUGGUGACAAGUGGCACGUCAGAAGAGAUGAAGCCAGGGAGCGUAACGCUGCAUCCUCUGGGCACGGCGGCAGCCCCCGAGCCAGAGCUGCUGUGUAUCUUUGGGACGGGGGACUUGGGACGCUCUCUGGGCCUGCGUCUGCUCCAGUCUGGCUACAGGGUGGUGUAUGGCAGCCGCAGACCGCACAGCUGUGGCCUCUUGCCUCAGGGAGCUCAGGUGAUGAGCCAUGCAGCAGCAGCCCAGUCGGCCAGUCUGAUCUUCAUCUGUGUGCACAGGGAACACUAUGAAUUCCUGGAGACAAUGGCAUCUCAUCUAGAAGGAAGGGUGCUGGUGGACCUCAGUAACAACCUGAAGAAAGACAUGUACCCUGAGGCCAAUGCCAUCUACCUGCAAAGACUGGUUCCUGGAGCUGCUGUGGUGAAAGGCCUCAACACGCUGUCUGCCUGGGCCCUGCAGAACGGACUCCUGGCAGGAAAACAGGUCUACCUGUGUGGGAACAGUGCAGAGGCAAAGCAGGCAGUAGCAGAGAUGGCCACCAAGCUGGGUCUCACAGUUCUGGACAGAGGGUCUCUGUCUGCAGCCAGAGAACUGGAGGACUUCCCCCUGCAGCUGUUCCGAGAGUGGAGGCUGCCUGUACGCGUGGCUGCCGGCCUCACCGCCUUCUUCUUCUUCUAUCUGCUCAUUAGAGAUGUCAUCUACGCGCUGGUUGAACAGGGGGACGACAUCUCCUACAGAAUCAUGAUGUCCCUGGGCAACAAGGUCUUUCCCAUUGUGUCGCUCAUCAUGUUGUCCCUGUGUUACCUGCCUGGCGUCAUCGCUGCCUUUCUGCAGCUCUACAGAGGAACCAAAUACAAGCGUUUCCCCCCUUGGCUGGACCGCUGGAUGCUGUGCAGGAAGCAGAUGGGUUUGAUCGCACUGGGCCUUGCUUUUCUCCAUGUCAUCUACACGUUCAUCAUUCCUAUUCGCUAUGCUGUCAGACACAAAGUCAUCUCACGCGUGGUGAAUGAGAUGAAGAACAAUAAAACCACCCCGUUUUACUUUGAUGAUACGGAGGCAUGGGGCACAGACUCGUUCUUUGUGCUGGGGAUCCUGGGUUUCUUUCUUUAUGUCCUGCUAGGCCUGACAUCCCUGCCCUCUGUGGGAGGCUCCCUCAGCUGGAGGGAGUUCAACUUCAUUCAGUCUAAGCUGGGCCACCUGACCCUGUCCAUAUGCACUGCGCACGGCUACAUUUACGGCUGGAACAAAUUUCUUCGUCCCUCUACCUACAAGUGGUACACUCCUCCGGGCUACAUGCUCUGCUUGAUCGUGCCGUCUGUGGUUUUGGUGCUCAAGCUGCUGCUCCUCCUUCCCUGCGUGGACCGCACCCUUACCCGCAUUCGACAAGGCUGGGAGAGGAGCCAGCCGAGGGGGGACAUGGGUGAGAGUAAUGCCACCAACCUGUGAAGGUCAUCAGGGUUGUAGGUUCAUCACUGAGGCUUUCCUCCAUUCAUUAUGUUGAGAGGAAUACGAUUUAAUGUACAUAUAAUUUAUAUUUUAAGAAUCUGGCCUGAAAAAGUAAAAUGUUUUUUUAAAUUUUCAAAUUGCCAUAGAUUUGGAAAACAUUUAUUAUAAUAUACAAUGUUCUCAUUUUAUAAAGCGUUGCUGAUGUUUACUUUUUGGAAGUAACCUCUUUAUUUUCAGGUUGGCUUUUGAAAGAAAAAAAAAACAGCCAAGGAUAAAACAAAAACAUAAAACAAAUAAAGAUUUGAUUU